AGUUUCAAUAGCCCAGCCCGGCUGACAAGAUGUUCUGUGUUCAGUGCCAUACAUUACAAUCCUUAGAUAAGCCAGAAAUAUAAACUGAAUCACUGUUUUCCCCGAUAGCUUCGUCGGAGAGACCUUCCAGCAGCCUCCAUGGAAAGCACUUACAGAGGUGGAUCUAGGAGAGAAAAAAAUAAAGGACGCCACCAAGGGCUACCUCAACACAAGCUGCAAGAGAUCAAGGAAGCAUUUGAGCUUUUUGACAUUGAUGGCUCAGGCACUAUUGAUGCAAAAGAAUUGAAUGUUGCAAUGAGGGCACUGGGCUUUGAAAUGACAGAAGAGGAAAUCAAUAAAAUGAUUGCCGAUGUAGAUAAGGAUGGCAGUGGUGCAAUUGAUUUUACUGAGUUUGUCCACAUGAUGACAGCCAAGAUUGGUGAAAGGGACAGUAAAGAAGAGCUUAUUAAAGCAUUCCACAUUAUUGACCAAGACAAAAAUGGAAAGAUAUCUGUUGCUGACAUUCAGCAAGUUGCAAAGGAGCUAGGUGAGAAGUUCACAGAUAGGGAGAUCAAAGAGAUGAUAAAACAAGCAGAUUAUGAUAAUGAUGGAGAAGUAAAUUUCGAUGAUUUUAUGCAGAUGAUGAGGAGAACUUCCUAUGGAUAUUAGAACUGAAUUAGACUUGUAUCUUCCAAGCUAUGAAGCUAGAUCGUCCUUUCUUUGUAUUAUUAUUAUUAUUAUGGUGAUCAUAAAUAAGAAAAGUGACUUGGAUGAACUAUGCCGCUGGAUUCUAAAACAUUGUGAAGUUCAUGUAUAUCACGACUGUUUUACUCAA